AUGAACAGAGAACAAUGCGGUGACGCCAACAAGAAGGUGUCUCCUUCCAAACCGAACCGCAGGAGCAAUUCUCCGAGGAAUGCUAACAUGCAUGAGGGUAAUAGUGAUGCAGGGGAUGGGAUUCAGAGGAAAGGCUCUGAACGGAAAGAAAAGAAGGAGAGGGAGGGAAUAGAGCCUCGUUCACCACGUCCUUACGUUAGGGAAAAGGACUUUACCGAUCUUGUCUACAUGCCGCGUACAAUUACGGCUCUUUUUGUUUUCAUAGUAUUUGUUCUUCUUAUGAUACGUUAUUACUACCUUCCCCAAAUGGGUGUGGUGGCUAAUGUGAAACUUGGAUUGGCAGCUUCAGCAUUUUCUUUUAUUGUUUUUGGGGUUAUUCAUUUGCCGGACUCGUUGCUAGUGCGACCACAUCCAUUUGUGUGGCGUGCUGUAUUGGCCAGCGGUGUGCUAUAUGUUGCACUGUUGUCAUUUUUGUUGUUUCAAAAUUUAGAGACGGUACGUGCCAUUAUGGGUCUUUACGACCCUGCGUUGCUUGAGGCAUUACCUGAGCGUCAAUAUGCGGAGGACUGUCGUAUUUCCACUUCAAGUGAUCCGUAUUUAUUUAUUCGCACUGCAUGUGAUGUUUUUAUUCUUGCUCAUUUUAUUGGUUACUUUGUAAAAACACUUAUUUUACGGGAUUGGCGCUUUGCAACAUGUGUAUCCAUUACAUUUGAGAUCAUUGAGAUUACACUCCAGCAUGCCCUUCCAAACUUUAAGGAGUGUUGGUGGGACCAUCUGUUGUUAGAUGUGCUCCUGUGCAAUGGCGGUGGGACGUUACUUGGGAUGUUUGCUUUGCGGAGGCUCCGGGCAAAGAAGUAUCACUGGGUUGCUUUACGGAACAUUAAAGGAUACAAGGGGAAAACGCGACGUAUUCUUGGACAGCUUGGCCCACGCAGCUUUGAAUCCUAUGAAUGGAAUGUGUUUCAUGACCCAAAGCGUUUCAUGCAGUUUCUCACGUUGUUGUUAUUAAUAUCUCUGGCGGAGGCAAACUGUUUUACAAUAAAACAUAUUUUGCAAAUGCGUCCAAACUACCAUCUUGUCAUUUUGCGUCUUGCGCUUUGGGGUCUUAUUGCCAUGCCGGCCAUACGCGAAAUUUACACGUACAUUAACUCGAAUAAUUCGAAGACGACAAGGCUGGGCACAACGGCGUGGGUGGCGAUAUCGGCACUUCUUCUGGAGACCAUUUGGAUUGCCAAGUUGUCGAUAGAGGGAGGCUACUUUCAAGAGCCCAUGCCGGUUUAUAUUGCGGUCCCUUGGAUGUGUGCCCUCUUUCUUUUUUUUGUAUGGUUUGUAUUGUUUUUUUGUGUGGUUUCCCUUCGACAGCGGCAGGAGCGGCGUGGGGUGUGGUAUGCUUUAUCAAAUCUUUUCUUUUACACCGGCUGUGGCUGCGUUGUGGCGGUGGUCAUGAUGGGGAUGCCGGACCUGCAGCUUGGAAGAAAACGCUUUGAACGAUUCAUGGCACCAUACGAACAUCGGGUGUUGUUUUGGCGGGAAUAG